AUGAAUCCUGUCGAAUCAGAAUCUCCUUCCAGCCAACACCAUGCCGAUGAAGAAGACGAUGAACUCAAGAAAACAAAGAAGGAACUGGAAGAUGUUCAGAAAAAACUGACGGCAGAGCGGAAGAAUCACGAAAAGACGAAGGAAACACUUCAUAAUCUGGAGUUGAAAUGGAAAGUUUGGUUCGACGAGGAAGACCUGGGAGCAAAGUUUAGAGUGGAAAAGGAGAAAACUGAAAACUUGAGAGAAAGAACCGAAAAAUUAAAAGAGAAAUUGGGAAAACUUCUCGAUAUAAAGUCGUGGAAAGCGUGCACGCUGUGCUGUCAAGAAUUCAGCAAAGAAGGAGACAUGAUCCCGAGGUCCUUGCAAUGUGGACACACCAUCUGCUCAGCCUGUCUCCGAAAACUAAUCAAGCCGACAUACACCAAGUGUCCAUUUGAUGGGAUCGUUUGGCGUUCCAGCACGACGAAGACAGUCGAUGAUUUUCCGAAGAACUAUAAAGUGCUUGAUAUCUGA